GCUCUCCUGAUCGGACGGCCGCAGUGGCGGAUACGUCUCGUUCGCCGAUUGGUCGCGUGCUCGCGGUCGCUUCCACUCUCUCUCCUCCGCUGCUUCGCUCAGCCGCCGCGCCGGAGGGGACGACGAAGGCCGGAGAGCUCGCCGUCGGGUUGCGCCGUUGUGUUGGUUUCACUGAUGGAGAUGGGGAUGAAUUUCGUGCAGCCCAAUGCUAGAUUUCCUGUGUCGCACAAGUCCAUCUCGUUGGAUAUCAAGGGCAAUAAGACAGACAUUGUAAUCAGCAAGUAUGAGGAUAGAUUUCUGGUGAUUGUGACACAAAUAGGAUGCAUGGGAACCAUAUUAUCUGCCAAGAAGGAGGAAAGUGUUUUUUCUGAUCCAACCUACAAUGUAUCUGUUCUUUUUGGAAAGAGAGAUGAGCCAUUACUACUAGCUUGUGCACGCCAACUUAUUGAACAUAUAAGUGGUAGUGGCUCAGCACGUUCAUUGAUGAUUUCUCUUGGUCUGAAGGAUCAUUCCCAGGCAACAGUCAAAGAUAUAGUUUCCACCAUAAUUGAGAACCGCCUAUGGUAAUAUUUUAUUAAACCAAGCUGGGUCUGGGAUGGGCAGGGAACAAAUAUGCAGCUCAUCAGCAAAGAGAUGUUGACAUAUUUUCUGUUGAAUACUCCCUUGCUCUUCUAGAAUUUUGUAACUAUGAUUUAUUUGGGGUUGAUCUACCACAAAGUGAUAUCUCCACCAAGUAAUUCUGUAACCAAUGUUCUACAAGUUUCGAUGAUAGUUUUGAUGAGUAUUCAGGUCUAUGAUCUUUUUAAUUCUAAUGCUUGUACUCAUGUUGCAUUGCUAAUUUCUGGCCUAAAUUUGUCCCAAGCUGGCAUG